UUAUUUCAGAUUUUACAUGGUGUUUCUGUUAUACAAAAGUUGCCAGAGCUGGCUUCAGAUAUCUCCAAUCUCGAGGCUCAAAACCUGUAUUCUCAACUCACCCAAAAAAGUCACUACAAAAGGUCCAAAACUGAGGAGAUUGAAUCAGGGAUCUUUGUGAUUGGGGCACUGGAAAAAGUUUCCAUCAAUUCAGAGAUCCUUUCUCAAGCAGAAUGGCAGGCACUAAGAAGAGAACUGACAAGUUGGCGAAAGAUGUGGUCUUUUAAGCGAUGCCAAAUCAAUGGAACAGUGUAUCACAGUGAGCGUUACAAACGAGUAACAGCACGAAAUAAUUUUACAGUUAGCUUCGCUGGGAAGAAGCAGUCAGAAUAUGGCUUUGUCCUUAAUUAUGUGAAGGUUCAAGAGAAGUGCCACCAAGCAUCUUGUAUGAAUGCAAACUGUAACUGCCAGUUAGAAUGUAACUACUUUGCUCUACUUAGAAUUCUGGAUAAGCAUCAAAACCAACUACCAAGUCUAAAAGGAACAGUUGUGGUUGGUCAUAUCUUAAGGGUCGAAGGGACAACAAAGAUUGUUACUGUUCCUCUGAGGUGUAUUGAGCAAAAGUGUAUGAUGGUGUCAACUUCAAAUGGAAUUUUUGUUUGUCAUUUGGCAAACAGAAUAGAACGAGACUGAUUGUUACACGAUAAUAUUAACUCUGAAACUUGUGAGUUACAGUACAGUUUAGAAAUCUUAUAACAAGGAAACUUUGAAUACAAACUGCAGCAAAGUUAUGACUGGUGCCAAAACAAAACAACUGUCUCUUGCAUU